CGGCGCGAUCAAAACAUCAAAGCUCACUAUUAGUAUUUUCUGACUUGGUCAGGCCGUUCCUUUCAGAUUCCAACUCAUGAGUCCAUGACUGAGACUCCCGAGCCAACUCACCAAACUCAAAACCCUAGCCCUAAUUUCACAAUUUCAGAGCACAGCACCCCUUCCAUGGCGAAUACUGGUGAAGGCUCUUCGGCGAAUGCAAAGCCGGUGAUCGUUAGGGUUAAGCGAAAAGCCUUCCAGUCCCUGCUCGAAGCUUUCUGGUUAGAAAUCAAUGAGAGGCCACUGAAGCGGCCCUUGUUAGAUCUAGAGAAACUCUCAAUUUCUGAUUCAUCUGGAAAAGAGGAAGUGAAGACCAAAAAGGUCUUAGUGCAACAUUUGGAGACUGUGAGCACCUCUGAGGCUGCAUAUAAUAUUUUGCAGUCAUUUGCGCCUAAUUCUGAUGGUGCACUUGACUCUAAAACAAAGAGUGAUGAGCGAAGGCACACUUUUAAAAAGGAGAAUAUACAGGAUCAAUUGUUGGUUAAAGCGAGACAAGAACAAGAGAUUUUGGCAAAAAAUGCUCGUUUUGAACAAAUAUGGAGGAGCAGAAAGGGGAAGAAUGAGGCAGCACAAGACAAAGCACUACAUGAAAUGUGUCAUCUCUAUGAUGUCGUUCGUGUUGAUGUUGAGGAAACAUCCAGUCAGGUGCAGGAGGAUAUGUCUUUGGAGGAUCAGAUGAUUUUAUGCAACUAUUUGCCCCUAAUAAGAGAUUUUAUUCCAAGUGCCGCUGCAGAGAUUGAAUCAGAUAUCCAUGCUUAUAUGUCCAAACAAGCAUCUCCUGAUGAGUAUGUGUAUGACUUGUAUGCUGUGAAGGAUGAUAUGAACAUUACUGAUGAGGAUGCUCUAAAUCCAUUUCCUCUGGUACAAGUUGAUGAAGAUGAUGAAUUUUAUGCUGGACCACCAGAAUCAGAAUUUGAGAGUGAUGAUUCAAAUGCCGAAGAUAAUCCCCUGAAUGAUUAUCCUGAUGAGGAGACAUCUGAAGAUGAAGAGGACAGUGACAGUAGAGCCUCAGAUGAUGAAUCAGGAGAACCCAAAAGUGACAGUGCCAGUGAUAGAUCUUUAGACUCUGAAAAUCUGGUGCAACUUGAGGAUGAGAUUAAUGAUGAUUGUGAGAAUGAGAGUGAUUGUGACUAUGAUGAUGAUGAUGGUGAUGUUGAUGACAAUACUGAGGAUUGGAGAUGGUCUUACCGUUGAGAGAUGACUUCACAGGAUUACAAUUCUCUGUCAUUAUGGGAAUUUUUGUUUGUUAGGCAUUGCACCUCUCUGUUUUUAUGGGAAUUUUUGUUUGUUAGGUCCCUCAUCAUGUCUACCAGACUAGUCUUGACUGCCGGUUAUUUGCUGAAUUCUUCAACUUCUAAGAUCAUUGAUGGACCUUAGACUUGGGGUAGAGAGGCAGGUCUUCAAGGAAGGAAAGGUUUCAUCCAGAAGUGAUUUGUAAAUUGUGUCCUAGUAUGUUUUUCUUUAUCGGCAAUGUAUAUUGAAUACAUUUAUGAUGGAUGAGAUUUAAGAGAUGAGCUUCAGAAGUUGGUUUUCCCUUCA